AUGUCAUGAUGUGGUGUGACAUUUGACUUUUUUGGACUCAAAUUUCUUUAGCGAUAAAACAUGUUGUCGUUUGUUUUAAUGAAAUUCUGUCCGAUGGCAUCAGCAAAACCAAUAUAUUGAGUAAAUUAAGGGGCACAAGCUGAAGUUUUAAAAUGGAAGACUUAGUAUUGAGUUAACAAAGAACACUGGUGAGAAAUGGCCAUCUUGCCUUACUGAGCUAGUCUGUAGAGGUUUAAUUUUGUAUAAAAAAUAAAGAAACUGAAAUACUGCAGACGGUUAAUUGCGUUAAUUGAAAAUGGGCUGCGAGGAUAAUGCCAUAUUUUAUUUCGUUUUUGCGUCGGUGACGUUUUUCGUGUUUAUGGAUAUGAGUUUCUUUGGAGAGAUGCAAGAACAAGGUCUAGCAGCGAACUCAUCAGCUGUCAAAACAUCGAAAUCAAGGUUCCCUAUUAAAUCGGUAAAGUUACGAAUGCAGGACCAUAUUAGUCAUUACGUUUGGCUGCCUUUAUCUGAGAGCGUUGAUACUAAAUACGAAAUCUCCAAGUAUUCUUGGGUGAGUCCGAAUUUAAUAAGCGGCCUUCAUUUGAUCGUCGCCAUAAUCGCUGCACGCCUGAUUUACGAAGAUAACAUAUGGGUCCGUCGAAUCGGUUGUAUAGUGUUUGAGUUUCGCUGUUUUCUGGAUAUUUUCGAUGGCGUAGUUUACAGAGCACAAUCUAACAUGAAAACUUCUUUUGUAAACGGCUGGGGGACGUAUGGCUAUUUUAUCGACGCAGCAGCAGAUUUCAUAGGCUGUAUUCUUGUUUUAUGCGCGUGUAUUUUGUAUUUCAUGAAACAUCCACCAGUUAAAUACCGGGAAUUUUCUAACGAAGACUACGAGACGGCACUAAUGAUCGACUAUCGUGGCAAUUUGAAUAGUCAGUUCAAGGAGAAACUGGUCGUAUUUUACGAAAACAAGAAGAAAGUCCUUAUCAUGAUGAUCGCUUUUGGCGUUCAAGUGUCUGCGCGAUCGUUUUUCUGGGAUCAUUUCCUAUACGAAUAUCAUACGUUACUGGAAGUGAAGUCAGACGCUAUUUCACCGACAUUGCAAGCCGAAGCCUUGAGCUUCCACAGUACUUGGGCUGCUCUCUGGCUCUGGAAAAUAUGUGCUGCAGACAUAUUCCUGGAGUUGACAAUUGUAUCGAUAUUCUUCAACAAACUAUGGAAAUGGGUUGUACUUGUGAAUUAUGCCGGGCCACCUGCUUUAGCGAUCGUCGUCGUUCUGUCGCAAUUACAUGUGAUAAUGGUACGACAGUAUCUUGGUGUUUGAUGUAACUGAAACGUCUUUUCAACACUUACCUUGAAAUAUAAAACAGAGAUUUGAUGAUGCUGUUCUUCCUUGAACUAUUUUAAACUAAUUUUUCCUGUAACAUUUUAUUAUUAUUAAUUAAAGUUUACCUCAUCAGGCGUCGUUAAAGGUGGGUCGCACACAGAACGUUUCUUUGUGUAAGGUCACGUGACCAUAGCCACGUAGCGACGUCAUGGAAAGGAGGCUCUCUUGUUUUUACUAGAAAGCAUAUUAAAGUAGUAUUUUGUAUCUCAAAUUAAAAUUUAAUUAUAUAGCUAUGACCAUGA